AUGGACGAGUCGUUGGAGCAAGGCAUGGAACGAACGGACUUGGUUGUUGUGGGUGCGGGCAUUUUUGGCCUCACUAGUGCAGCGACUUAUCACCGCCUGAACCCUGAAGCUAGCAUUCUCAUCCUUGAUGCGGCAGACUCUUUUGGCGGCACAUGGUCUAAGGAACGUCUCUUCCCAGGUUUGAAGACAAAUAACCAGCUUGGAAUGUACGAGCAUCCAGAUUUUCCUAUGAGUGAGCAAAGGUUCGGCGUCAGGAAAGGAGAGCAUAUCCACGGAGCAAACAUGAACGAAUAUCUGGGAGCCUUUGUCGAUGAGAAUGGAUUGCACGAGCUCAUCAGGAGUAACACCAAGGUGGAAGUCAUCAAGAAGGCCGAAGAAGGCUGGAGCCUACAGUGCCUAUCUACCUCCUCCGAAGGAACUUUUGACAUCAUCACGACAAAGCUCAUCAUCGCCAUAGGCAACACGAACAAGCCCAAGAUGCCAAAGUAUCCAACGUCACCCGCCUUUGAGCCUGUUGUCAUCCACUCCAAAGAAUUGUCCGCUCGCUACGAGCACAUAGUGAGACCCAACAAACAUACCCUCGUCAUCGGAGGCGGCAAGUCUGCCUGGGACGUGGCGUACGCUUGUGCAACACAACCAGGCGCAACCGUCACCCUUCUGAUCCGCCCAUCUGGCAACGGUCCAAACUGGAUGGCGCCAUCGCAUGUCACUCCAUUCAAGUUGUGGCUGGAAAAACUGGUCUUCACUCGCUUCUUCGGCUUCAUGUCCCCAUGCCCAUGGGCCCGCACAAUCGGUCUCGAAGGUUGGAUCCGUGCCCUCCUGCACCGCACACGUCUGGGUCGUAUGGUCGUCUCCGCGUUUUGGAAGAUCCUGGGCGACGACGUUAUUGCGUUGAAUAAGCUGCAUAAUCACCCUGAGACUGAGAAACUGGUACCGUGGCGAGGCGCGUUUGAAGUCGCCAACGAUUUGAGUAUUCAUAAUUAUCCUACGAACUUCUACGACCUGGUAAGAGAGGGGAAGAUCAAGGUUGUUAUUGAUGAAGUGGAGAGGUUUGGCGCGGGAUGGGAGGUGCUGCUGAAGGACGGAGGGAACUCGAUUGAGAAGCUUGAUGCAGUCACAUCACCCCUCGACCUCUACGAGGCCGCCAUGAUCCAAAACGCCUCACAUUCUCUCCGAGAACACUUCCCCAUCCUCGACCGCAACACAUCUCGCACCAACCACCCUGACCCAUCCCUUCGCGACACACGAGAUGCCCAUCCAUCUGACUAUACUUCCCUCACAGACAAACACCCCUCUCCCGAUCCCUUUCCCUUUCCCCAACCAAAACGUCUCCACCGCUUCAUGGUCCCUCCCAAUACUCUCCAAUCCCGCUCCCUUGCCUUUGCCGGCGCUCUAUAUACCCUGGGCACCUACCCUGCCGCAUACAUCCAAUCCCUCUGGAUCAGUGCGUAUUUCGCCGACCAACUGCCUCUCGGGUCGCACGAGGAAGUGCUGAGCAGGACAUAUCGCGACAGUCAGUAUUGUGCGCUCAGGGCCGCGGGUGGGUAUGGCAGGUCAGCUCCGGAUUUGGUUUGGGAUACGUUGCCGUAUUUUGAUGUUUUGAUGGAGGAUUUAGGUAUGGGGAAGGGUAUGUUUGGCGGCGCGGGCAAAGGUAUGUUUGCAGGGCAUGGACCGGAGGAUUGGAGGGGGUGCGUGGGGAAGUGGGAAGAGCGCAUGAGAGACAGAGGAGAUAGGAAGAAAGGGGUUUAG